AUGACAUUGUUUAUUCGACAACUGUUUCCCAAGUAUGGCAAGAUUAAGGUUAACGGCACCAGAGUUUUUGGCAUUCAUUGCAAAAUUGUGAAUCUAACACAAGGAACAAACACAGUGGUGAUCUACUACAAUAAGCUCAAAUCACUUUGGGAUGAGCUAGAUUCCUUGGUCAGCUUACCUGCUCCUGAUAGCAUCUCUGCAAAAGCAUAUCUUGAUCAUCUCAAUCAACAAAAAUUACUGCAAUUCUUGAUGGGAUUAAAUGAGUCAUAUUCGAUGGUACAGAGUCUGAUUUUGCUAAUGAAUCCUUUGCCGACCGUAAAACAAGCAUAUUUGGUAGUGAAUCAGGAUGAAAGCCAAAGGGUUUUGAUUGGAAUGAAUGUUAACUCAGAGUUUACAAGAGGCAAAACAAACUCAAAAUCGAAGCUUUCAACUAAUCAAGUGCAGACUCAGAAUUCAACUUCGGAAGUUUCAGAUGUUAACAAUGUUAAUAUGACGGUUGGACCAGUCUUGACUUCGGAGCAAUAUAAUCAGAUCCUUCAGUUGUUGGGCAAAGAAAACAUUGCUUCUCCAGCUGAUAAUCUUGCAAGUUUACCAAAUGGCACUAGAACCCAUAUUAAGCAUGUUGGCUCUAUUGAUCUUGAUAAUGGAAUUCACCUUUCUAAAGUUCUUCAUGAUCUUUGCAAUGGCAAGUUGAAGGGGAUUGACAAUAAUUUACCUUUUGAUCUUCAGUUGAAUGAAACUUUGAUUUCUCCUACUUCGUUUAUGACUGCAAAUUUAUCUCUUCCUUUUCCAGUUGACACUUCUUUCCUUGACUUGGAGUCAGUUUCAUCUCCUGUAAUUCCUUCCCAUACUGAUGCUGCCCAGAUCACAAAACUUUCUCCUUCUUUUGUUGCUCAACCUGCUAUACCUUCCCCCACUUCUCCUGUUUCUGAUAUAAACUCUUUACCUUAG